AUGAAGACUGCAAUAAAGGAAGCUCUUCCGAGGACGAGGCACAGGUUCUGCUGGUGGCAUAUUAGGAAGAACCUGAAGGAAAAUAACGCAGCAGUGUUUGCGCAGCACCCAGGGAUGUCUGAUGAUAUAUUUCGAAUCAUCAAAAACUCACUAGAUCAAGACGAGUUUGAGCGUGCCUUGAAAGCAGCAAUUUCUCUGCACAAGGCGGAAGGCAACAAACACCUGAACACGCUAUGGGAACUCCGAAAUUUUUGGGUGCCGGCCUACUUCAAGGACUGUUUCUAUCCUUUCUCGUCAACAACCACUCGCAGUGAGAGCACUAAUUCGAUGUGGAAGAAUUACAUCGACCACAAGGACACUAUAAAAAGGUUUGUUAAUGCGUAUCACACGAUUCAGCAAAAUUGCCUCGCCACGCUUGACAAGAAAAGACACCGAACAGAAGAGAAGGCGCCAUCACUAGAGACGGGUUUUCCGAUUGAAAGACAAGCAAGUCAAGUAUACACGAAUGAAAUUUUCAGGAAAUUCCAGCUAGAGCUACGGAACCGGAUUUACUUCAAGUGCUCUGACCUGGCAAAGGGGAGGCAGUAUUUUUUUAACAAGAUUAUUGAGCCUGGAGAAAAAGUGUGGAAACCAUAUCCGGGCGAGGAAUUUGACAGGUCUGAGUUCAGGGUAGAUGUGGAUGAGCAAAAAUAA